GGCGGCCUGUGAAGAGGAAGCGCGGUCUUCGUCGGCGGAAGGCUAGCGGGCGGCGGCCGGUCGGGCUUCGGCAGCGCCCCGCGCGCAGCGGGCAGUAGCCCAGGCGGCGCGUGGCGGCGCUCGGCCUCGCGGCGGCGGCGGCCCAGCAGUUGGUGGCGAGCGCGUUUGCGCCUGCGCGGCGGGCCCCGCGCCCCUCCUCCCCCCUGGGCGCCCCCGGCGGCGUGUGAAUGGCGGCCUCGGCGGCGGCGGCCUCGGCCGCGGCGGCGGCGGCGGCCUCGGCCAGCCCGGGUCCGGGCGAGGGUUCGGCGGGCGGCGAAAAGCGCGCCGCCGCCUCCUCGGCCGCGGCUGCGGCCUCGGCCUCGGCGUCGUCGCCCGCGGGGGGCGGUGGCGAGGCGCUGGAGCUCCUGGAGCAUUGCGGUGUGUGCCGGGAGCGCCUGCGCCCCGAGAGGGAGCCGCGCCUGCUGCCCUGCCUGCACUCGGCCUGCAGUGCCUGCCUCGGGCCUCCGGCGCCCGCCGCCGCCAACAGCUCGGGGGAUGGCGGUGCGGCGGGCGACGGCGCCGUGGUUGACUGUCCUGUGUGCAAGCAGCAAUGCUUCUCCAAAGACAUUGUGGAGAAUUAUUUUAUGCGUGACAGUGGCAGCAAGGCUGCCACAGACUCCCAGGAUGCAAAUCAGUGCUGCACUAGCUGUGAGGAUAACGCCCCUGCCACCAGCUACUGUGUGGAGUGCUCUGAGCCGCUGUGUGAGACGUGUGUGGAGGCACACCAGCGGGUGAAGUACACCAAGGACCACACUGUGCGCUCCACUGGGCCAGCCAAGUCCAGGGACGGUGAGCGCACAGUGUACUGCAACGUGCACAAGCACGAGCCCCUUGUGCUGUUCUGUGAGAGCUGUGACACCCUCACUUGUAGGGACUGCCAGCUCAACACCCACAAGGACCACCAAUAUCAGUUUCUGGAGGAUGCAGUGAGGAACCAGCGCAAGCUCCUGGCCUCACUGGUAAAACGCCUUGGGGACAAGCAUGCGACGCUGCAGAAGAACACCAAGGAGGUUCGCAGCUCGAUCCGCCAAGUGUCUGAUGUACAGAAGCGUGUGCAGGUGGAUGUGAAGAUGGCCAUUUUGCAGAUCAUGAAGGAACUGAACAAGCGGGGCCGUGUGCUGGUCAACGAUGCCCAGAAGGUGACAGAGGGGCAGCAGGAGCGCCUGGAGCGACAACACUGGACCAUGACCAAGAUCCAGAAGCACCAGGAACAUAUCCUGCGCUUUGCCUCAUGGGCUCUGGAGAGUGACAACAACACAGCUCUGCUGCUCUCCAAGAAGCUGAUCUAUUUCCAGCUGCAUCGGGCCCUCAAGAUGAUUGUGGAUCCUGUGGAGCCACAUGGCGAGAUGAAGUUCCAGUGGGACCUCAAUGCCUGGACCAAGAGCGCAGAGGCUUUCGGCAAGAUCGUGGCAGAGCGUCCAGGCACCAACUCAACAGGCCCUACGCCCAUGGCCCCUCCUCGGGCUCCAGGGCCCUUGAGCAAGCAGGGUUCUGGCAGCAGCCAGCCCAUGGAGGUGCAGGAAGGCUAUGGCUUUGGCUCAGACGAUCCUUACUCGAGUGCAGAGCCCCAUGUGUCAGGUGUGAAGCGGUCCCGCUCCGGUGAGGGCGAGGUGAGUGGCCUCAUGCGUAAGGUGCCACGGGUGAGCCUUGAGCGCCUGGACCUGGAUCUCACGGCUGAUAGCCAGCCACCAGUUUUCAAAGUCUUCCCAGGCAGCACCACUGAAGAUUACAAUCUCAUUGUUAUUGAGCGCGGUGCUGCAGCUGCUGCUGCUGGACAGCCUGGGACUGCUCCACCUGGGGCUCCCGGUGCCCCUCCACUGCCUGGCAUGGCCAUUGUCAAGGAGGAAGAGACAGAGGCGGCCAUCGGAGCCCCACCUGCUGCCACUGAAGGCCCUGAGACCAAGCCUGUGCUGAUGGCCCUGGCGGAGGGCCCCGGCGCUGAGGGCCCCCGCCUGGCCUCACCCAGUGGCAGCACUAGUUCAGGUCUAGAGGUGGUGGCUCCAGAGGGCACUUCAGCCCCAGCAGGUGGCCCCGGUGCCCUGGAUGACAGUGCCACCAUCUGCCGCGUCUGCCAGAAGCCAGGCGAUCUGGUCAUGUGCAACCAGUGCGAGUUCUGCUUCCACCUGGACUGCCACCUGCCUGCCCUGCAGGAUGUGCCAGGGUGCGAGGCUUGUGUAGGGUCUGUGCCGGGUGGAGGGCUGGGCUGGCUGGCUUCUGUGCAGCCCCUCAUUCUCCUUCCAUCCAGGGAGGAGUGGAGUUGCUCUCUCUGCCACGUGCUCCCUGAUCUGAAAGAGGAAGAUGGCAGCCUGAGUCUGGAUGGUGGUGAUAGCACUGGUGUGGUGGCCAAGCUCUCGCCAGCCAACCAGCAGAAGUGUGAGCGUGUCCUGCUGGCCCUGUUUUGUCACGAGCCCUGCCGUCCCCUGCACCAGCUGGCUACUGACUCCACUUUCUCCCUGGAUCAGCCUGGUGGCACCCUGGACUUAACCCUGAUCCGCGCCCGUCUCCAGGAGAAGUUGUCACCUCCCUAUAGCUCCCCCCAGGAGUUUGCCCAGGAUGUGGGCCGCAUGUUUAAGCAGUUCAACAAGCUGACAGAGGACAAGGCAGAUGUGCAGUCCAUCAUCGGCCUGCAACGCUUCUUCGAGACUCGCAUGAAUGAGGCCUUUGGUGACACCAAGUUCUCAGCUGUGCUGGUGGAGCCCCCACCGCUGAGCCUGCCUGGUGCUGGCCUGAGUGCCCAGGAGCUAUCCAGUGGUCCUGGUGAUGGCCCCUGAGGCUGUGGCCUCUCAGGCCAACCCAACGUGGCUCUGUUCUCUGUCCUGUCAAAUCCCCUCUCCCCCACGCCCCCCUCUGGUGGCCUGGCUCCUACUUCUUGGUGGCCCCAUCCCCCAGUCCUUCACAAUAUGGUUUUUACUUAUGUGGAUUUAAUAAAAACUUCACCAGUU